GAAUAAGUGUCGGCUGCUUCUUUAUUUCUUGGGUUCUGCAUUUGCAAAAUCACUUUCUAUAAAAAACCAUUCCUUUUCCUACAAACAAAACUAAAGCUAUUAAGGAAUUGAAUCAAAUAUUUUCUUGGAUUUUUUUUUUAUCAUAUUCUUUUAGUUUACACCUACAUUUGUUGUUGGAGGUUAUUUUAGCUCCAAAAUAACAACACUGAACUGGAUUCAGUGUAAAAUUUCAGCCCAAGUAAUCCCAUUUUGAGAUUUUCUCAAUCUCUUCAUUGCCAUUUUCAGAAUGGUAAAUGGGACUGUGCAACAAUGGAUGUAUUCAUUAGUUGCCUUGUCGAUUAUUUUUAGAACUGAAGGGCUCUUUGUAAAUAUUACUUACGUUCUGAGUGGGGUGGCAAAAGGAGCAGUAUGUCUGGAUGGGAGUCCACCGGCAUAUCAUCAUGACAAAGGAUUUGGUACAGGGGUUAACAGUUGGUUAAUCCAAAUGGAGGGAGGAGGUUGGUGCAAUAAUAUCGCCACUUGUCUUUCCCGUAAGAAUACUCGCUUGGGAUCAUCUAAGCAGAUGGUACAAAAUCUCGCUUUCUCAGGGAUUCUCAGCAACAUGCCUCAGUUUAAUCCAGACUUUUAUAACUGGAACAGAGUAAAAGUUAGAUAUUGUGAUGGAUCAUCCUUCACUGGGGAUGUUCAAGCAGUCAAUCGGAUUACUAAUCUUCACUUCAGAGGGGCACGGGUUUUUCUUGCUGUUAUGGAGGAUUUGUUGGCGAAAGGAAUGAAGAAUGCUGAAAAUGCUAUUCUAUCUGGAUGUUCAGCUGGCGGAUUGACUUCAAUUUUACAUUGUGACAGCUUCAAAGCACUCCUACCAAUGGGUGCUAAAGUAAAGUGCUUUUCGGAUGCUGGUUAUUUUAUCGAUGCGAAAGAUAUUUCUGGUGCACCUCAUAUUGAAGAAUACUUCAGAGAUGUUGUUAACUUACAUGGUUCUGCCAAGAAUCUGCUGCCAGUGUGUACCUCAAGAUUGAAGCCGGAUUUGUGUUUUUUCCCGCAAAAUGUUGUUCAACAUGUGCGGACGCCACUUUUCCUAGUUAAUGCGGGGUAUGAUUCCUGGCAGAUAAAGAACAUUUUGGCUCCUGAUGUUGCUGAUCCCUAUGGGGUUUGGCUCAACUGUAAACGUGACAUACUGAAAUGCUCUUCCAGGCAGCUUCAAAUUAUGCAAGGUUAUAGAUUGGGGUUUCUGAGAGCAUUAAUUGCGCUCGGCCCUUCUUCAUCAAGAGGGUAUUUUAUCAACUCCUGCUAUGCACACUGUCAAACUGAAGUUCAAGAAACAUGGUACAGGGCUGACUCUCCCAAGUUAGCUAACAAGACAAUAGCCAAAGCACUCGGAGACUGGUUUUUUGACAAAAAUCCAUUCCAGAAGAUUGAUUGCCCUUACCCUUGCGACAAAACCUGUCACAACCGUGUUUUUGAUCCAAAUGUCCAUACUUUCGAGAUUGAUAUAUAACAUCAUUGAUAGAAGUUAUUCUUUGAGAUCACUGAUAUGGAAAAUCAGAAACUCCCAAAGGGAAAUAGAAAAUAUAGAAGGAAAGAAGCUUGUAUUGAUUUGUUAAAUAUUUCACAAUAAGGGAAAAGUUAUCAUGGCAUAAAAUUGUAUGCUGUGGUGCCCUAUACAGAUACUAUAUAUGUAUUCUUAUGCAUAUAGGGUGAUAAUCUCAAUAAAAAUGAUUUUAUACUUGUUUGUCUUUUCAAA